AUGUCGGACCCUAUCACCGCUUCAAUACAGAUCGGCAUCUCAGCCGUAAAAGCCGGCGCAAGUAUAGCAACAUGGUGGGAACUACGCCAGAGAAACAAACGUGAAGAAGGACAGGGAUCGACCUCGAGUGGAAGAGGCGCUGGCCUUGAUGAGAUCUACUUGGUCUUUGCGUCUUUGGGCCAGCGCUUGAUGGCACUCGACGUCGUCAAUUACGAUGCUUUGCCCGAGGCCCUUGCCGCUGUCAAGGUUGCGAUGGACAUUUCAGAGGAUGAUCUCACUUACGAGUUGGAGCGUCUUGAUCCCAUUCUUCAGUAUCUAAUCGCCUGCGGCUUCAUGUUCUGCGCGGCUUGUCACCCCAUGCCCAUCUACUACGGAUAUGGCUGCGGAGUCAUGAAUGACACAAACUGGAGUAACCCUGAGAACCCGACAUACUGGAAUCUGGACAUCGACCAGGCCAUAGCCUAUCUGAAGAGUGUCCCGCACCCUUUCCAACUGCUCAAGAAGUCGCCUUCUCGCAUCGGACACAGUGUACCGUACUACGAGAAGUAUGACAAAAAAGCCUUGAAAGCCGAUGCUGCGGCCGUUACAGAUGUGUUGAAACAAAUCGAGAAGGUCGGAUAUCCACAGCCACUACCGCCAAACGACAAAAUUCGCAUCAAUACAUGGAGUAUGCCCUUUGCUACAUACGGAGGUUCAGUCAUGUAUGCCAACGUCGGCCAUGACACUUCACUCCUUCUGACUUGGCAGCUUGACCCCGGGCGGUUUCUUUACGCGUGGACUGUCGGUGAGCGUGCUGACCUGCGACCCGGAGAAGCAGUUUUAUUGCAGGACGAGCAUAUUGGAGCGUUGGCAUCCUGGCUCGAGGGGUUGAAUGGAAUCACGUUCAAGGUGCUUUUGGACUCAGACCUUGACUGGUCCAAGCUCAAGCUCAAGUCUUCAACGAAGAAAUAUUAUAUAGCACAAUCUGGGGACGAGUACAACAUCACAGGUAUCCCCGAUAUUAUUGUACGGAAUCCUGACCCAACUGCGCUUUUGGCUGCAAGGCUUGAUACGCUUCACAUGAUAUCAGUAUCAGUGCCUUUUACCAAAGCGAAGGAACAAGCUACGACUUCACAAGCACCAUCAUCUCCUACUCCUAGCUCUCCCCAACCACCAAGGGUAUUCAGCUCUCCCCCUACAUCGCCACAAUCAGAGUCUACCAUAUCCCCAUGGUCAAUGCCAGAAAAGGCGGCCCAGACCCAGUUUCAUCAAGAGCCCGACGUUCAACCCACGUUACCUUGGGUCGACUCUACGCCAAUGACACCAACCAGCCCUCAUGUUUCUAUACCGCACAAUGCUACCUCGGAUCCAUUAACUCCUCUUCCGAAAGGAUGGGAGUCCCGACUCACUCCUGAUGGGCAGAUUUAUUACGUCAACCAUAGCGACCAAACCACGUCAUGGACCAAACCUGUCAUUCCUACACUCGCUCCGCUGCCACCUGGUUGGCAGGAAAUGCACACACCAGAUGGGAUACCCUACUAUGCCGACCACAAUACACAAACGACAUCGUGGGAGCGACCACCGCCUGCUGAGUCAACUCUGCCGACUUAUCAGUCUAUUGGUGCAAGAAAGUCUGUAUCCCUGAGUACAACGAGCACCACGUCCAGCAUGCCCUUUUCUGAUAAACGCUCAUCCGUGAGCAUGCAGUCGGAGGCUACAACAAUCGUGAGCAAUUCUCAACAAAGUCGCGUCAAGCUGAACAACUACUCCAAUCCUUACCCUCAAAGACCUCGACAAUUGCUCAACCCUUAUCUAUAUCCCGCAAAGGGGAAGACGGCAUGCUGGGUGUCAGAUGUUCCCGUAACACCUGAUAUCUAUCAAAAGCUACCAUCUGAUCAAUAUGAGACGUCAUACAUCAGGCAUACCGCCCUUGCAGGUCAACCUACAGACCUCCAGAAGCUAGAGUAUUCUCUCCGCCAGAGAGGUCGCACUGAGCUUGUUAUCGGCUUGAAUUUGCAUAAUGAGUCAACUUUCAAGCGCGAAGUCAUCAAUGGUCAGCUGAUAAAGUCUCUUGGAAGCAUCUUGGAGGUACUGCGAACACAUUCAUUCUGUCAAGAGUUCAAUCAAAGAUGCAAGGGCUCGCCGCUAUCUGGCAUUGUUGUUUGUAUCCUGAUUCAUCAAGAUCGCAUGAAAGAUAUCCCAUGGCUGCGCCAGACCGGCAUCAGCUUCAUGUGGGAUAUUCCUUCUUCCGUGCCUCUUACUGACAGUAAAAAGGCUGAUGGCCAAUUCUACGACGAUGCUCACAAAGCCACCCGCAAGAUCCUCGGUAAAGAGGUGAAAUUGAAUCUGAAUGAGUAUACGACCACAUUCCACCUACAAGACUGGGAACGAAGUCAUGGACUUAUGCCUGAUGUUGUCUCUGGUGCAGACCCAGUACAUGUUGUGCUAUGCUCUACUUAUCGUUCAUGGACGGGGUCUUACGCCGCAGACUCUUUUAAGCAUGUUUGCAACUUACUCGAUGCCAGAUUGUGCAUUUCUGUCCCAGGUGGAGCGACUGUGACCGGUGGUUCCCUUGAGAAACAAUGGCAGCUUUCACAAUACAGGAAGAAACCAGCCGAGUCAGGGCAAGAUGCCCAUUGCGAGGAGUAUAUGGGAUAA